AUGCAGGCUGACAUUCUUGUUUCGGCCACUGGAAAGGGGCAUUUUAUCCCAGGAUCUUGGCUGAAAUCCGGCUCUGUCAUUGUUGAUGUAGGUAUUAAUGUUUGCCAAAAGACAGGUUCGUUGAUCGGGGAUGUUUGCUAUCAAGAGGCCAUAGGGCGAGACAUUGCAGCUAUUACGCCUGUGCCAGGUGGAAUAGGCCCAUUAACGGUUGCAAUGUUGAUGGAGAAUACCGUGAACGCCACUGAGGAGUCAAUAAAAAAGAAUCUCCACCAUGUGGGAUUUUGA